AUGCAUAAUUGGAGAAAAGCAAUGGAAGUAUUUUAUACACAUGUUGGUGGUGUAGCUAGUGCUCACAAUGAUGCAAGAACACAACUUGAGGCUUUUCAAAAUCAACGACAAAGUGUGUCACAUUUGCUACAAGCACGGGGGCAUGGAAUGGAGGUUGCAUAUCGCACUCGAUUAAUGACAAUUUUGGAUGUUACACGCUUUCUUUUGAAACAAGGUUUGCCUUUCCAUGGACAUGACGAGUCAUUGAGUUCCUCAAAUAAAGGUAACUUUCUUGAAUUGAUUGAGUGGUAUACCCAAAGAAAUGAUGAGGUUGCUAAGACAAUGAAUGAAAAUGCCCCUGGAAAUAAUCAAAUGAAAUCUCCAACAGUUCAAAAGGAUUUAACACGUGCUUGUGCUGCUGAAGUCACAAAUUUCAUUCUUAAUGAUAUAAAAGACAAUAUAUUUUCUCUUAUGGUUGAUGAGUGUCGAGACAUUUUAGUCAAAGAGCAUAUGGGAGUUAUUUUAAGAUACGUGAACAAAAAUGGAUGUGUUAUUGAAAGAUUUCUUGCUAUUGUACAUGUGUCUGAUACUUCUGCUAUUUCUUUGAAGAAGGCUAUUGAUGAAUUAUUUGCAAAACAUAAGUUGUCAUUAUCAAGAUUGAGAGGUCAAGGAUACGACAGAGCUUCAAAUAUGCGAGGUGAGUAUAAUGGAUUGAAGGCUCAUAUAUUGAAGGAAAAUUCAUCUGCAAGUUGCAAAAGCAAUCGAAUUGUGAGUGAUUUCUUCCAAUAUGUUACUAUGAUUGUGAAUAUUACUGGUGCUUCAUGCAAAAGAAAAGAUAAGUUUAGACAACUUGAACAUGAUAAACUUGUAGAAUGUUUGGAGAAAGGAGAUAUUGUUAGUGUGCUUGAAAAUGUGUAUGAUGAUGACACUAAUGAUGAUAAUAAUGGUAUCACCGCCAGUUUGAUUGAUAAUAUGGAGAGUUAUGAAUUUGUGUUUGUGAUGCAUUUGAUGAAAUCUUUAUUGGGAAUCACAAAUGAAUUAUCGCUUGCCUUACAACAAAAGGAUCAAAACAUUGUACUGGCUAUUAGUUUGAUCAAGACAAUGACAGUUCGAUUACAAAAAUUGAGAGAGGAAGGAUGGGAGAAUCUUUUGAAUGUCGUCAACAAAUUUUGUAGUAACCAUAUGAUCCCAAUACCGAAUAUGGAAGAACAUAUGAGAACUCGUUGUCGCAGCAGGCGUAAUGGACAAAUGAUUACUAAUUUUCAUCACUAUCGUGUUGAAAUUUUUUGUGAGGUUCUUGAUAUGAUGGUUCAAGAGAUGAAUAAUCGAUUUUCAGAAUCAAGUACGGAGGUACUUACCUGCAUUGCUUGCUUAGAUCCAAACGACUCUUUUUCUCAAUUUAAUAUUGGUAAGUUACUCCGCCUUGCUGAACUUUAUCCGGAGGACUUUUCAUUGACCGAUUGUGUAAUACUUGAGGACCAACUUGAGACUUACUUUCAAAAUGUGCGAGGUGAAUUUUCUAUGAUUGAAGAUUUGGGAAGUCUUGCUAAAAAGAUGGUUGAAACGGGCAAGAAUACAGUUUUUUCAUUGGUUUAUCGUUUGAUUGAGUUAGCAUUGGUUUUACCAGUUGCAACUGCUUCUGUUGAAAGGGUUUUUUCUGCUAUGAAAAUUAUCAAGAUUGAUUUGCGUAAUAGGAUGGGGGAUGAGUGGAUGAAUGCCAGUUUAGUAGUACACAUCGAGAAGGAUAUUUUUUCCACAAUUAAAAAUGAACAAAUUUUACAACAUUUUCAACAGAUGAACACUCGUAGGAUAUAG